AACGGCCGACCCUCUCAUUCAUUUAACCAAUGCGAUACAGUAUGAAACGAUUUAUUUUGUGUUUUAAGCUUUAGCUCCAAAAUUCAGUUAAUAUGGCUACAAAACGCAAGAUAGAAGUGAUUGUGCCCGCCGAGGAAAGUGACCAACUCCUUAUUCGCCCUCUUGGUGCUGGUCAGGAAGUCGGAAGGUCAUGCAUCAUCCUGGAGUUCAAAGGAAGAAAAAUUAUGCUGGACUGUGGCAUCCACCCUGGCUUGGAGGGAAUGGACGCUCUCCCAUACAUAGACUUGAUUGACCCAGCCGAGAUAGAUCUACUGCUCAUUAGCCAUUUUCAUCUGGAUCAUUGUGGAGCUCUGCCUUGGCUCCUGCAGAAGACCAGCUUUAAAGGCAGGACCUUCAUGACCCAUGCCACUAAGGCCAUCUACCGCUGGUUACUGUCAGAUUAUGUCAAAGUCAGCAACAUCUCUGCAGAUGACAUGUUGUACACUGAGACUGACUUGGAAGAGAGCAUGGAUAAGAUUGAGACCAUCAAUUUCCAUGAGGUCAAGGAGGUGGCUGGGAUCAAGUUCUGGUGUUACCACGCUGGUCAUGUGCUUGGAGCUGCCAUGUUCAUGAUUGAAAUAGCAGGAGUCAAGCUGCUUUACACAGGAGACUUUUCCCGACAAGAGGACAGGCAUCUCAUGGCAGCAGAGAUCCCCAGUGUCAAACCUGACAUCCUAAUCAUUGAGUCGACCUAUGGCACUCACAUCCAUGAAAAGAGGGAGGAGCGAGAAGCUCGCUUCUGCAACACAGUCCAUGACAUUGUCAAUAGAGAAGGUCGCUGCUUAAUACCCGUGUUUGCUUUGGGACGAGCUCAGGAGCUGCUGCUCAUCCUGGAUGAGUAUUGGCAGAACCACCCAGAGCUCCAUGAUAUCCCCAUCUAUUAUGCUUCAUCACUGGCCAAGAAGUGCAUGGCUGUGUACCAGACCUAUGUCAACGCAAUGAACGACAAGAUCCGCAAGGCCAUCAAUAUCAACAACCCGUUUGUCUUCAAGCAUAUCAGCAACCUCAAGAGUAUGGAUCACUUUGAUGACAUUGGUCCCAGUGUGGUGAUGGCUUCUCCAGGUAUGAUGCAGAGUGGGCUGUCCAGAGAGCUCUUUGAGAGUUGGUGCACUGAUAAGAGGAACGGAGUCAUCAUCGCUGGAUACUGUGUAGAGGGCACACUGGCCAAGCACAUCAUGUCUGAGCCAGAGGAGAUCACCACUAUGUCAGGCCAGAAGCUGCAGCUGAAGAUGUCCGUGGACUACAUCUCCUUCUCUGCCCACACAGACUACCAGCAGACCAGCGAGUUUAUUAGGGCGCUCAAACCACCACAUGUGAUUCUUGUCCAUGGGGAGCAGAAUGAGAUGGCUCGUCUGAAGGCGGCACUGAUCAGGGAGUAUGAGGAUAAUGACCAGGUCCACAUUGAAGUCCACAACCCUCGCAACACAGAAGCUGUCACGCUGAAUUUCAGAGGAGAAAAACUGGCCAAGGUGAUGGGCUCUCUGGCUGACAAGAAGUGCGUUCAGGGUCAAAGGGUGUCAGGCAUACUUGUGAAGAAGAACUUCAACUACCACAUCCUCAAUCCUUCAGACUUGUCCACCUACACUGAGCUGGCCAUGAGCACUGUGAAACAGACUCAGGCCAUCCCCUUCACUGGACCUUAUUCACUGCUCGUCUGCCACCUAAGGAAUCUCACCGGUGAUGUGGAAGAACUGGAUGGAACCGAAAAAAACACUUUGAAAAUCUUUAAAAAUAUCAUUCUGAUCCAUGAGGUUGGCAUGGUGGUGCUGGAGUGGAUAGCUAAUCCUCUGAACGACAUGUAUGCUGACGCUAUCACCACUGUAGUGCUGGAAGUCCAGUCGAACCCAAAGGCUCAGAAAGUCAUGGAGACCCAGAGUACCAUUAUGGACAUGGAUGUCUUCCAAUCCCGGCUAGAGGUCAUGUUGCAGGACAUGUUUGGAGAAGAAUGUGUGGAGUUCAGUGACGGUAAAAUCAUCACUGUGACAGUCGACAGGAAGACGCUUCACAUUUGUUCAGAAACGAGAUCGGUGUGCUACGAGGACGAAUGCACGGAGGACGACUCCCUGAGAGAGAUGGUGGAGCUGGCGGUGCAGCGGCUCUAUGACGCCCUCAACCCUAUCGUCUGAGGACAGAGACAGGAAUGCAGGCUUGCAGAGAUGUUAGACAGUGAGUUAUCAAAGAUAAAAUUCUGUCAGACGUUAACAAGCAGCUUGUAUUGGUGUGUAAAAACUGGAAAAUAUGGGCUCAUGGAGAAUUAUAGUGGCCUGCCUAUCCAUAGAUGACCACACUACUACAGUACUACAAUAGUGUUUUAACUAAUUGUUUUAUUCCACAAAACUUAAUCAUAGAUUAAUCGGCUGCACUGUGCUGAUUAAUUUGUGCUUUAGGUACAGAUUCACAUAAUUAGGCACUUGUCUGGUCUGGUGUAACUGAAGGGCUCAGCAGCCAAUCCCAGUCCCACUUGGUGAACUAGACCGGCCUUUUAC